GUGUACGGGUUAGUAACCCCUUGAAAAGCUGGCGCCCCAUAAAUACCUUAGUGUAGAUCAUGGAACCCACUGACCGUCCCUGGCCCACCAACGCAAUGUGCGAGUUAUGUAAUAAAUUACAAGUGAGCAUCGCAAUCGACCAUUAAGCAGUAGCUUCAUUCGCAGCCGAGCCAUCGACAUCAGCAUGCAGACGCAGUAUAUCCUCCUUCUCUUAGCCGCCAGUCUGGCCAUAUGUGUGGCGCGUCCAGAACCACCUAGAUCCCGCUAUGGACCGCCGCCACCCCCAGCUCCCCAAAAGGAAUACGGUCCUCCGGCUCCGCAAGCACAGCCUCUUCCCGCUUACGGACCACCAGCAGCCUUCUACGGACCACCAGCUGCCUCGGAAGCCCUCGUGACUAAGAACGUGUACGUGCAUGUGCCGCCAGAGGAGCCAGAGUUCUAUCCGGCCUCGUCGCCCAUCCAGACGGCCGUUCCCAAGAAGCACUACAAGAUCAUCUUCAUAAAGGCUCCCAACCCCCCGACCCCUGUGCGCCAGGUGCUCCCUCCCCCGGUCCAGGAUGAGCACAAGACUCUUGUGUAUGUUCUGGUGAAGAAGCCCGAGGAGCAGCAGCCCGUCAUCCUGCCCGCUCCAGAGCCCACAGAGCCCAGCAAGCCGGAGGUGUACUUCAUCAAGUACAAGCAGCAGCAGCCCAAGCCGGCCACCCAGUACGGCCCCCCUCCAUCCGCACCCUCUGAGGAGUACGGAGCACCACCUGCCCCACGCACCGUCGAGCAGUUCUAGUUUGUAGAGUCGUCUAGGUCCACAGCCCAUGAAUGUAAAUAUUAUUUAUGA